AUGGAAGCUUCAGUAUCACCAUCAGCUGGCACUGGGCUGCCUGGUCUUGGUCUAUCGAUGACACCCUUCUCUAUACCUGAAUCUUCAGUGUCGAUGAAGUCAACUGUAUCUGCAAAUGAAACAGGCAUUGAAGGAAGAAUUCAAGAGGAAGAAGAAAGGAAUACAAAAAUUGGGAAAAAGGAGAAACGACAUAUAUGGAAGCUUCAGUAUCACCAUCAGCUGGCACUGGGCUGCCUGGUCUUGGUCUAUCGAUGA